AUGAAUCUUUUAAACGUGGUACCGUUUCUGUUAGUUCUAUGGAAGUGUGUUUCACCAUUGGAAGUUGUUACAGAAAUCGUAAUUGGUUCAGAUGAAGUAGGCGUCACAGAAAUCGGACUGGAUGCUGAAGAAGUAUACAUGGUUCAAGGAUACAACAAAUCUAGAGAAACUGUAGAAUAUUCUAACAUCAACAAUGACACAGUCCAAGAAUCUAAUGAUGAUGACAAUGAUGACUUGAAAACAUUUACUCUUCACAUACGGACUUACAGGAAAAAGAUAUAUAGAACAUUAGCAAAUGGAACUGUUGUAGAAGACUUCACAUGCGUAGCUCCUAGUUCCGUGGAAGACUUUCCUGAAGACUUAUUCACUGAUGAGCAACUGGCGCAGGGUGCAAUAAUAUUGCAUUUUAUUGCUGGUGUCUACUGCUUCACCCUUUUGGCUGUAAUAUGCAACGACUACUUUAUUCCAUCUGUGGAAUGUAUCUGCGAAGAUUUGCAUAUAUCGCCGAAUGUGGCAGCGGCUACUUUUAUGUCUGUCGCCACGUCCUGUCCGGAGCUUUUUGUGAAUGUUAUAAGCACAUUCGUCACGGAGUCAGAUAUGGGUUUGGGAACGAUUGUGGGUUCAGCUCUCUUUAAUACCUUAGGCGUUGGUGCUCUGGGCGGACUUGCUGCAAGUAAGCCAAUUCUCAUGGAGCGAUGGCCUUUGGCACGUGAUUGCGUGAUCUACUCGGUGACGAUCGCGAUGCUGGUUGCGAUUUCUUGGGACGGAGUGGUCUUUUGGUACGAGGCAUUAGCACUACUGGUUAUGUACAUCUUCUACUUCGUUCUGAUGUUCCAGAACGACAGAAUUCAAAGAUCAAUCAGGAGACUAGCCACUAAACUCUGCAGACAUAGUGCAGUUGAUAUUGGAGACGAUUGGGAUAAAAAUAACAAUGGUGAUAAAACUCCAACAAAUGGAUUGAGCAAUGAAUGUUUUGUUCAGACUGAAAAAACAAACUCCAAUACCCACAAUGUACUAUCAGUUUAUGUCAUCCCUGUUGUAUGCAUUGAAGAUUCCGGAAAAUCCAAUUCGAUGGCAAAAAAUCAGAUAGAACUACCGCAUACAGGAAAGGGUGGCAUGGGCGUAUCGAAUUCUCUCGGGGCCAAUACAUUGGCGGUAUUGAUGUCAUUAGGAAUGCCUUGGUUUAUCAAAACCAUCAAACACGGAAUUGGCAAUCCAGCACAAGUUUAUAUCGAUUCCAGCGGCGUCGUUUACACUAUAAUUGGACUACUUUUAGCAAUCUGGUCAUUGUUCUCUAUACUUAGCAUUGGUGGAUACCAAAUGAGUAAAAAGACUGGAUUACUCUUGAUGUUAACGUACUUAGUAUUUGUGAUCUUAGCGAUAUUAUCCGAAAUGGGUGUAUUUUUUGAACAGUGCUGA